AUGGAUCUUUAUUAUGAACAAUUUAAUUUCAUGCAGCUUGAUACCCAAACACAAAAUCAAGAUUCAAAUAAUGGAAACAACAUCCCUGAAAAUUCAUAUUCACAGCCAAGCUCAACUUUAUUAUCGUCGAGUAUUUCCCCUCAAAACCAUAAUUUUGCUCAAUCUAUGGCUAAUACCACCUUUUCGUUAUCAAAUAAUAUGUUAGCAACUCCAGAAGGUUCGGAUAGAAAUGUUUGUGUCGAAUCUAUUAUUAUGUCGCCUUUUGGUAUGAUGCCAAAUUCUGGCAGCUUGGUGGUUAAUAGUCAUUAUGAUAAUGAGCAGCUUGUUUAUUGUUUCGUUCCACCAGAGCUUCUAUCUCCAAUAACAUCGCCAAUUCUACCACCAGAUCAACCAAUAGAUAUUCACACAAAUAAUUCAACAAGAGGUAAUCAAAAAUCAAGAUUAUACAAUCAAACAAUCAACAGCUCCAGGUUUCAAUCCAUUAGCAAGCCGAAUGGCCACAAUACUAAUUUAAGUCAAACACAAGGGAGAGGAACCUCUUUUUUUAAUAACAAUAAUCACAAUGUUAAGAGUAACAACAAUAAUUCUAAUUUAUCUAGUAUUAUGGCCGGCUCACCAUGCCUAAUGCCUAAAAACGACGAUUCAAGAAAAAUUGUUUCCCCGUUAAACAACAAUUUAAUCAAUUCAACACAAUUGAGUAUUCAAGAUAGUAUGCCUAAUUUAAAUUUGGGUAUGAAUCUUGUAUCAGAACAAUCAACAUCACCUAUUCUUCCGCUCUCCUCUUUAUCAAACAACUCUUCAUCUAAUUCAAAUGAUAUUUCUCCAAUUACACCAUCAUCGAUCAUGCAAUUGAAAGCAAAGCAAUUAUCAUCCACACCAUCCACAUCAACCAAAGAACAACAAAACGACAGCAAUAAUGACAUCACUAUUAAUAAUGAAAAGCAAAAUUUACUUCCAAAAUGUCAAAAUUCAAGAUCAAAAAAUCAACAAAAAGACCAACAAAGUAAAAGUGAACAAUCCAUUAAUAAGCCGACAAAAAAUAUUGCUCCACCACCACUUUCGUCCUCAUUAACUCAAAUGAGAAGCGUUAUGGUAACAAAUGGUGAUGUGGGUCCACAGACCAUGAUGGUUAUUUCUCCAACUACUUCACCAAUAUCUCCUAUAUCAUCCAUUACACCUGGAAGGAAAAUUGUUCGUAAUUGUGCAUCACCAAUUGCACUUGGGCCUUCUAUCCACUCUAAAAGCCCUCAAGCUCUUAAGCCAACAAUAAGUCCAAAUUUAAAACCAAAAUUGCCAGGUGUACUAGCUGAUGAGGUUGCAGAACAAUUGGCUGAAAAAUCAAAUUAUCGUAGUAUUUUGGAAGGAACUGCUCAAUCCCUUGGAAUCUCCUAUUCUUCAGAUGUUCAUUCAAGUUUAGAGUCUAGGCGUACAACUCAUAAAGCUGCCGAACAGAAAAGAAGAGAUUCAUUAAAAAAAAGCUUUGACGAAUUAAAAAAACUUCAAAGAGAAAAUGACGAGAAGGAUGAUAUGAUCAAAAAACUUCAGUAUGAAGUUGAAAGCCUUAAAGGCAUAAAAAGGCAAAAAACAGAGGAAAAAAUUGAAAUAUUUGAAAACAACGGAGAUUUGAAGACAUUUGAUAGAGAGGAAGAUAAAAAAAAGGAGGAUGAAUCUAGUGAUGAAAAUAACAACAAAACCGAGAAUACAGAUGUCCAAGACAAUCAAUCAAAUGAAAAAGAAAAAACCAAAGAUCCUAAAAAUGAAUAA